CGUUGUAUUGUGUUUGAGUGUACGGUUUGAAACGGCGAGGCCGAGGUCAUCGUUGCCGGGGUCUUGAUGAAGAUGAAGCGAGUGAAGAAUGAAAUAAUUAACGUGAUCGAGUCAUACUUGAAACGACGCCGCUAUCAGGCCAACGACGUCUUCUGUAACAAUAAAAACGACCACUUGUUUUGCCAGAGCAGCGAUCAAAUGACACUGAACGGUACCGCCGAGUGCGGUACUUCCCGCGACAAUUCCAUUAUUUUUAGCGCCAUCACCAUUGACACUACCGCAGCGGAACAAGCUUACAAACGUUUGAAGACAUGGAUGAACGCCAUACUUAACGAAAAGAUCAAAAUGGAACUGCAAGGUCUUUUGUAUCCGAUAUUUUGCCAUCUUUAUUUAGAAAUGCUGCACGCUGGCAACAAAGAGACCGCGAUACAAUUUUUGAAGGCACAUCAGCAUGAAUUUAUCAGCGAUACUGAGAAAAAUUUCCUAGAGGAUUUAUCCGGUGUAUUUUCAGUACAGGAUAUUGAAUUGAGACCUUUGGUGAAUGCGUUUAGAACUAGAAAGUACAAAGUGGACUUAUCGGAGCCAGCACAUAUCUGCCUACAGCAAUAUCUUGCCAAACAUGGACACAUAAUAUUAUUGCAGAUUAUAAAUACGCACGUGACGAUAAUCAGAAAGGCACAUGGCUCUCAAAUGGAUGGAGAAGCUCACGAAGAGAAAGGUCCGAGAUACGAGGCAGGUAUUAACGGGCAUGUGGAGCAACCGUCUGGCACUGGUGUGGAUCGGGAAAUGAGAGAAUUGCAAGAAGCCAUACGAUUAAUAAGGGAUAACGCUCAUCAACCACUGAGAAUAUUCACGGUGAAAAAUGCCAUAGAAAAUGCAAGUAGUGCUCUUAUUGCUUCGAAAAUGGAUAAAUUAGCUGUAGGAUUUAGUACGGCCGAGAUACGCUUGUGGGGUAUAGGCGAAACGGUCUUACUCAAACCGAAACAUAAAAGCACACACAUACCGCUCGCCUGUGACGUACUUCCAUCUCGUAGUUGCAACGAGCAAGAUAAUGCAAUAAGAAGCGAAGCGGGAGCGGUGAUAUUGAGAGGGCAUACGGACGUGGUGCAUGAUUUAAGAUUUAUUCCGGAAUCGGAGAUCCUCCUGUCUGUAUCGAGCGAUAAGGAUAUGAGAGCGUGGAGACUUGAUGAUUACUCGUGUGCAACAAUAUAUAGUGGCCAUAGUUACCCGAUAUGGUGCAUGGAUACCAGUGUGUUCAAUUUAUAUAUCGCUACAGGUUCACACGAUAGAACUGCCAAACUGUGGUCAUUGGAUAGAACGUUUCCACUAAGAAUAUUCGCCGGUCACUUUUUAGAUGUCAAUUGCGUGAAGUUUCAUCCAAACGCCCGAUAUUUAGCGACGGGUUCCGCCGACAAAACCGUAAGAUUGUGGUCCAAAGAUGAUGGUAACCUAUUGCGAGUGUACGUCGGAGCAGAGUCAGCCAUUUACAGUUUAGCGUUUAGUCCAGACGGCAAAUAUCUGGCCGCUGCUGGUGACGACAAAUCUAUAUCAAUAUGGGAUUUAGCAACUAAUACAGUGCUAACCGAAUUGAAGGGUCACAAAGAAACAGUUAUGCAUGUAGACUGGAGUUUAGACGGCCAGUACAUCGCCAGCGCGAGCAUAGAUGGAAUUGUACGGUUAUGGCCUACUCAGGACUUUAUCAGCACUUUGAAUGGUGGAUCAUCAAGUGUGAUGUCACAAUCUGAGACACCACAAAUAUAUUCGACGUCUUGCUCAAGCAUUCUUUCGUUAAAUUAUUACAAGAAAAAUAAUUCAUUAAUCUGUAUCGGCACAGCGUAGGAUUUUUACUAUUUAUUAUUUUUAUUUGGGGUAAAAUAUGCCUUUAAAUUAAAUCGAUUUUAACCGUUUUACCAUUGUACAGUUUGUCACAUGAAAUUUUUACAUUAUUUAUAAAGGAAAAAAUGCAUCACCAUGUCAGCAUGUCGUAUAUACUGUUAGGUUUAUUUUCACUGUACCUUAUUAAUUAUAUGUUAUACCUUUUUCACGGGUUUAUAUAUGACAGUAUUUCAUAAGUUUUCGUCUUUCCAUUCUUUCAGAGGGAGAUAAUGUAAAUAGUCUUGUGCUUGACAUAUUGUUCAUAUAUUGUCGUGAACAAGACUAUAUGUAUAUUUGGUAAAUUUUAGGAAAUGUUUCAAAAUUAAUGUCGAAUAUUCUCUUAGAAUUUACCCCGCUUAUUAAAAUAAUGAGAAAAAUCCGUAUAAACGUCCAGGUUAAAAAAAUGCUUGUUUUAAACCGAAGUAAAAAUGUACUCAACAUUUUUUUAAAUUUUAAUUAAUAAGAUUAUUCCAAUAUUAACAGUCAAAUAUAUUCGCCUUCGGAAAUGCGUUGAAUGAAACUGAAUUUUUUAACAAAUAAUUAGCAUGUAUUAUUACAUAUAUUUUCUGCAAAAAUUUGCAGGAGAAACUGUUCAUGAACUUCUGAAAAUCUAUGAAUAUAUGUAUAUAGUAAGAUUCAUAUAUAGAUUUAUAUAGAUUUAUAAAGACCACACACAUAUAUAUAUUUAUACUUACAAAAGAGAAGGUCCUUUUGGACAUAUAUAAANAAUCGUUUUUUACCUAAGUUAUGAGAAAAAACUCAGAGGAUACUUAAUAAUUUUAAAAGAUUGUGUACAUAUUUAAAUGAGAAGUAAUAGUCAUCCUAAGACCAACCAAAAUUAUUCAGUAUUGAAGUAUUAACAAUAAUAAAUGAAAUUAGUAACGAUAAAUGAAAAAAAAGUACAAAAAAGAAAUUAUAUGUUCGAUUAUAUAAUUAUAGUCGAAGCUAUAUUCGAUAUAUAGGAAGAGAAUAUAAUUUUUGUAAAACAAUGAUACACAUUUAUUAUAUAGUUUAUAUUAGUAA